AAUAAAAACAAUUUAGUGAAACCCCAAGAAAUAGAUCCAAAGAAGGAGUCAAUUGAUGGACACAAUGAUGUGAAACGCAAUCAGAGGCACGACUUUAUUCAUCCGAAGCCUAUUUUGGGCGAUAAGAGCUUAGACGUGACUGAUCCGGGUGAUGAUGACUAUGAUGAAGUGGUGGGCUAUGUGUGUUCGUACGACAACUGCUCGUACUUCAACCGAAAUAAGGGUAACGUUUCGCGACAUAUCUCUAAAAUGCAUUUAAAUAAGAGACCACUUGUUUGUGGUGAAUGCGGACAACCCUUUUGGGGCCGAAAGCGUCUCUUCGAGCACAAGAAGGCCAACCAUUUCGGGAAUUUAAUCUAUAAUAUGAAUCGCAAACAAUACAAAUGCGAUUGGCAUGAGUGUGGCUAUCAGUGCCAGAGUGUGACAAACCUGAAGCUCCAUCGGCGCCGGCAUUUCGGCCACAAACCCUUCAAAUGUCCGGUCGAUCACUGCUUGUCCUCUUUCGUCACGAAU